AUGGCCUCGAGCCAGCCGUCGUCAUCCUCGACCGCGACACAACACCCGCGCGUCACUAUCCCGCCAGAUCGGCGCGGGUCCAGGGCGUCCGAGUCGUCGAGCGACGAUGGCUACCGAAUGAGUCCCGCCGCCGCGCGGGCCUUUGCGCGACGCAACAUGCGGAGGAGCUCGCCCACGCCUGACCUUGUGACGAGCCUGGUGCGUCCACCGUCGCCAGACAGAUACUACACGCCAACAAGUACAGAGCGAGGUGGUCGCAGGGGAUCUGGGCGCUCGCGAUCACAAGCCGUGGGUCGUGUAGAUGGCAGUGGGACCUCGGCACGUCGGACAGGCCCGUUGAUGACACCACAUCCCGCGUCUCUCGACCUGCACGCCAAAUAUGGGGGCGACAGUGUCUUUGAUAUGUAUGCCCUGACCUAUGUCUCCGAAAGUGACGCAGCACUGCUGUGCCCGAUCUGUCACGACCCCCUCGUCGAUCCAGUCACGACACCAUGCGACCACACCUUUUGCUAUCGCUGUCUGCGGAGGAGCAUCGAGUCGAGCCCAGCUGGCACGGCCUGCCCGGUCGAUCGGGAGCCCUUGACGUGGGCCGAGUGUUUCAGCACGGGGCGACUGGUCAGGGCCCAGCUUAAUGGCCUGGUGGUGAAAUGUCCUCAUCAUGGUCGGGGCUGCACACACGAAUGCAAGCGGGAAAACAUUGAGACGCAUGCGACGGUCGAGUGUCGGUUCAAAGACUACCACUGCGCUGACCCAGAGUGCGAGAAAAAGGUCAAGUCCAAGCCCGUGGUCGAUUACUGCCAGCAUUAUUCUACGCAGUGUCGCUACUGCGACCAAACCAUCAUCGAGGCGGACCGGAAUCUCCAUCUCCUCGCCUGUGAGAAAGGAAAGGCACGAUGCGAGGCAUGCUGGCAGAUGGUCACGAGGGCGUCCAUGGCUUCUCACCACGCACUGGACUGUGAUGGCAUCGAAGUAGGCUGUCAGUAUGCCGAUCUUGGAUGCCCUGUCCGCGUGGAACGUGGCGACCUCGCCGAACACCUGUCCGAGUGCCCUUUCCACCCAGAAACCGCGUCUGGCAUGGUCAUCCGGUCACAACGCGACCUUAUCCAGACAUACGCCGACCUCACAAGCCAAGUGCAGCAGUGUCGCAGUCAGCAAGCCGAGAAUGCAAGGAAAAUAGAAGACAUCACGCUAGCCGUGGACGGGCGAGGGAGAGGCGACUCGUCCCUAGGCGACCACCGCACCAUGCAGGAUCUCGACGCGGGCUUUGAAGAAGUCCACCAGAACCUGACGCACCUGGAAGCUCGCCAGAGCAUGUGGACCAUGAACCAAGUGAUGCCCAUCCGCGAGGAGGUCACGGAGCUGCGCAACAAUAUCAACAUGAUCCGGAUGCACGUCAACUGGCUGCUGAACAGGAGCCGAGAAGAGGGCCGCAUCAGAGCAGCGCACAACUCUGGCACUGGGGCCAUCCGCCGAGAGACUUCGGCUGAUGGGGUCAGCAUGCCGACGAUGCCUGAGAGAAGGAGGUCGUCUGGGACAGACACGGAUCUCCCGAGACUGUAG